GGAGAUGUCACGUGCAGUCCGGAAGCGCGGGACAGCUGAUCUGCUACAGUGUAGUAGUGGUAACAUUAAAAGGUGCACAGUGCGCUAUGAGUGCAUCGGGAUCAAAGCGCACCGCGAUUAUCGCGCUACUGGUCGGUGUUUGUCAGGCGUUGUUUCCCCGCGAGUCUCCAAACAGAGAAGUGAAAGAUGUGAGCGGGAUCUGGAGCUUCAGAGCGGACCUCUCUCCCGACCGGAACCGCGGCUUUGAACAGGCAUGGUACAAGAGUCCACUGGCCGAGACAGGUCCUGUCAUCGACAUGCCUGUACCCUCCAGUUACAACGACAUCACACAAGAUGCCAAAAUCCGUGAUUUCAUUGGCUGGGUUUGGUAUGAGAGAGACGUUUGGGUGCCUGAACGCUGGAUCCAGGACCAGGGAACAAGGAUCAUGCUCCGAGUUGGAAGCGCACACUAUUACGCUGUGGUUUGGGUGAAUGGGGUGAAGAUUACAGAACACGAGGGUGGUCACCUCCCAUUUGAGGCCGAAAUCAGCAGUGCGCUCCUGCAGUCUUUCUCGAACCCGUGCCGAAUCACCAUCGCUGUAAACAACACUUUGACUUUAGAGACUCUACCACCAGGAACCAUCCAAUACUUGACUGACCGUACCAGAUAUCCUGCUGGUUACUUCAUUCAAAACACUAACUUUGAUUUCUUCAACUACGCUGGAAUACAUCGAUCUGUCCUGCUUUACACUACACCACAGGUGUACAUCGAUGACAUCACUGUGGAGACGUCAUUCGCUGAUAACAUUGGACUGGUCAGUUAUAAUGUCUCUGUGUUGGGCAGUCUUAAGUUUACUGUGAAGGUGACCCUGUCAGCAAAAGACGGACGAUGUGUGGCCACAGCUAACGCAGCAAAAGGAGUUCUUAAAGUAACCGAUGUCAAUCUCUGGUGGCCGUACCUGAUGCAUGAAAACCCUGCUUAUCUCUAUUCAAUGGAGGUCGAGGUUACAGCGGAGGACGGACAGAAGGAUAUUUACAGUCUUUCUGUGGGUAUUCGAACUGUAAAAGUCACCAGCACACAGUUUCUCAUUAACAACAAGCCGUUCUACUUUCACGGGGUCAACAAACAUGAAGACGCGGACAUUCGGGGUAAAGGCUUCGACUGGCCUCUGUUAGUGAAGGACUUUAACCUGAUGAAGUGGAUGGGGGUGAACUCGUUCCGCACCAGUCACUACCCGUACGCUGAAGAAGUCCUGCAGAUGGCCGACCGUCACGGCAUCGUAGUUAUAGAUGAAUGUCCUGGAGUCGGUAUUAAAGACAUACGCAGUUUUGGGAACGCUUCUCUGGCUCAUCAUCUGACGGUCAUGAAGGAGUUGGUCAGACGAGAUAAGAAUCAUCCCUCGGUGGUCAUGUGGUCUGUGGCCAAUGAGCCGGCGGCUGAAAUGCAACCAGCUGGAUUUUAUUUCAAGGAACUCGUGUCUUAUACCAAAUCUCUGGAUUCCACUCGGCCGGUAACCUUUAUCACAGACAGCAACUUCGCCAGAGAUAAAGGGGCCCCAUAUGUGGAUGUCAUCUGUGUCAACAGCUACUUUUCGUGGUACCAUGAUCCCGGUCACACGGAGGUUAUCAGCAUUCAGCUUAACACUCAGUUUGAUAACUGGUAUGGAAAAUACCAGAAACCUAUAAUACAGAGCGAGUACGGAGCGGACGCCGUGCCCGGCCUACACAGCGAUCCUCCCAUGAUGUUCACAGAGGAAUAUCAGAAAGCGGUCCUGCAGAACUACCACAACGUGUUUGACAAGAAGAGGAAAGAGUUUGUGAUUGGAGAACUCAUCUGGAACUUUGCUGACUUCAUGACAGCUCAAAGCAUCACACGAGUGGUUGGAAAUAAAAAGGGAAUCUUUACUCGCCAACGGCAGCCCAAACCUGGGGCUUAUCUUUUGAGAGAGCGUUACUGGAGGAUCGCCAAUGAGACCGGUGUACUGCCAACCUGGACCAGAUAUCCCUGCCCAUCAUGGGAUCUGCUCUGAUUCUGUUACACGCUGGAGCUUUAGAGAGUAAAGGUGAAAAUGAUUGUAUUAUGUGAGAGACGUGCUGCCUUAUUAUCUUCAUGGGUCAAUCAGAUUCAUGGCACUGUUGUUUUAUAUGGGUGUGGUUGUAUAAUGAAGUCAUAUAUAACAGCUGAUAGGAUUUUAUGUCAUUAUCCAUGUGUCACACAGAUACAUUAGUGCACUUCUGAUGUGCAAAAACACUAUAAGAGGAGAUCACCAACAUCUUUCUAUAAGAAAAGCCUUUUUCUGCUUAUUAUUGUUUGUAUAUUUCAUUACAUUCAAAUGUGAAAAAAAUGCUUACAACUUUUGCAUUAAAAUUAUGAUGCUUAUUUUUAGGGUUAUUGCAAUACUUUUCAUUAGACCUUUGACCUUAACUUAAACUCUACUUCUUACUUUCUAUGAAAAGCUUAUGGUUUAUCUGUCUGCACACAAGUAUGAUCAGUGUUUUGUCCAUUGAGAAAGGUCAGAUCAAUGUGAAGUACUCUUUCUCAACAUUUCAGUCUUUCUCAGGGAUGUCGUCAUGAUUUUAUCUACAAGUAUGUUAUCGUCAUCGGACUAUUCGCCUGUUUCCUUUUAUGUACAAUAAAUGUUACACCAGUCUCA